CACCGCAGCAAAUACCACAGCUGCACCUGUGACAAUCACACCGCCAUCACUCCAGGCAGAGUGUGUGCGAUCAUCGAUGCUGCUACCGACCACCGACGAUAAGUACAUUGAAGACUCCUGUGUGGCCGUGCUCAGAUUUGGGGCCUGGGUUGAAAGAAACUGUUUAGAUCUUCUGCCUUUUGUUUGUUAUGAAGAUCGUUUCACUGGCCAAGUCAACAAGUCUAACGUGACUUCCUCCAGCGCCAGUCUCGCUUGGCAGCCCGGGCCUGGUAACAUCAGCCAUUACCGCCUAGAGGUCAACGGUGACAAAAAUGUGACCUGUGAUAAUUUGACCUAUCACCUUGACCUUGACAGUCUGACACCGGGCACUCGCUACGAAGUCAAGGUGUUCGCUGUCAAAUGUGAGAGAGACCUUAACCCCCAGGUGGUCUCCUUCUACACCAAACCCGGCCAAGUCAAAAACCUCAAGGACACCAUGGUGACAGACACCUCCAUCACCCUGAGCUGGAACAAGCCAGAUGGAAACGUGGACUUCUACCUCAUUGAGUUCAACAAUAGACUGAUUAACAGCAGCACAACGAACACAACGGUCGUUGAUUUAACACCUGGAAACCUUUACACAUUCACCGUCACCUCACGAGUCGCCGACAACUCUUUAUGGAGUGAAGAAUCCAGGACCAAUGUGUACACUAGGCCUGGUAAGGUGUCCAACCUGAUGGUGUCUGAUAACACCAACAUGUCUCUGGUGCUCAGCUGGGCGCCGCCUGUGGGUAACACAUCAGGAUUCUGGGUGAAGGCUAUGAAUGACAAUAACCACGACUUGUUUCAGCGCAAGAUGUCCAAAACAGAGCUUAACGUGACCGUAACAAACCUGCCAGAGGGCACCAGGAUAACCCUCAGUGUGACAGCGCUGGCCAAUGGCUUUCUGGAGGGAGACAAUGAGACGAUUGUCAGCUACACAGCUCCUGGACCGAUUUCAAACCUCAGUUUGAGCACAACAUCCUCCUCCCUCAAUGCCACCUGGGUCCCCCAUGCUGGGAGCCAUUCAAACUUCACCAUCGAGCUCCAGCUGGAUGGCAAAACUACUCGCACAACCCUCACUACUACACCUAACGUGACGUUUGGUGAUCUAAAGACUGCAGCUAAUUACACGGUGAUUGUCUGCAGCGUUAGUGGACAAUUCAAAAGCCCGCCUGUCCAAAGCUCCAUCUUCACAUUGCCAACGCCUCCAUCUAAUGCCGUAGCCAAUUCCUCAAAUAAAAACAGCAUUGUAUUCAACUGGAAGGCCCCUGCCAACAUAGCGACAGCUAAAUAUAAUGUCACACUCAGCUCCACCUUCUGGGGCCAAAGGUGGUCUGAUACUGUGGUUAACCAACUCAGCUACACAUUUGACGGCUUGACAUCAGGCACCAAGUAUUACUUUGAAGUGCGAACGGUGGCGGGUCAACAGGAAAGUGAUCCAGCAACUGUCACACAUUAUACAGUUGCAGAAAAAACAGAAAUCAGUUUGUCGGCGUUGUGCUCGUCAGCAGAGCCUCUCCUCUGUGCUACUGAUGCCACAAAGGAUGUAGUACUUCAGCAGCUGAAGGCACGUUUCACCGAGCUGUUGGGAGAUAACGUUGUCUGGGAUCUCAAGAAACAGGAAUCUGAAAACAAAGCAAAAGCAAUAUAAUUAUUUUAUUUGGUAUCAACAUGUUAAAACCUUUACACAGCAGAAAUGUUUGGGACAAGAGCUGGUUUUCAA